UUCUGCGGUGGGUUCACAUUAGAUCCUGUAGACACUGCUUUCAUUUAUACGAUCGGCGAUCUUAUCUAACCUCAAUCUAAUCUAAUCUACCGAAUGCACUUUUUCCUCGAGUCAAAUCUUGGGAAGUCCUGUACUCGUCUUCACUCCUUCACCAUGACCGUCCUCACUCACCGCACCAUCAGAGAUGGCUGGUUUCGCGAGAUCUCCUCUCAAUGGCCUGGACAGGCUAUGACUUUGAAAGUCAGGAAGAUCCUGCAUGUCGAGCAAUCUCUCUACCAAGAUGUUUUGGUCUUUGAGUCUGAGACUUAUGGAAAUGUACUCGUCCUGGAUGGGGUUAUUCAGGUCACUGAGCGUGAUGAGUUUUCUUAUCAAGAGAUGAUUGCCCAUCUUCCUCUUGCGAGUCACCCGAACCCUAAGAAGGUCCUUGUCAUUGGUGGUGGUGACGGCGGUGUCGUCCGUGAGGUUCUUAAGCACGAGACCGUAGAGCAAGUCGUUCUCUGCGAUAUCGAUGAAGCCGUCGUGCGCGUCUCCAAGCAAUAUCUCCCUCACAUGUCCUCUCUUCUUAAUGAUCCCCGCGUCACCGUCUUUAUCGGCGAUGGCUUUAAGUUUCUCGCAGAAAACACGGCUACUUACGACGUGAUCAUCACUGACUCUUCAGACCCUGUCGGUCCCGCCGAGUCGCUCUUCCAAAAGCCCUACUUCGAGCUCCUUAACGGUGCUUUGGCUCCCGGCGGACACAUCUCUACCCAGGCUGAAUGCUUGUGGUUGCACCUACCAUUGAUUAAGGAGUUGAGGCAAACCACCAAGGGUAUUUUCCCUGUUGCGGAAUACGCUUUCACAACUAUUCCUACCUAUCCCAGUGGUCAGAUUGGUUUUGUCGUCUGCUCAAAGGAGGCGGGACGGGACGUGAAGAAGGCCGUGCGCAAGGUGACUCCGACUAGGUACUAUAAUGAGAAGGUCCACGAGGCUGCAUUCGUCCUUCCCGAGUUCGGACGUGCACUCGUCGAAGAGGGCAAGAUCAUCACCCCCCAGAUUGGUCGUGCUCUUCAAGCGGAGAAGCCCGUUAAGAAGAUUCUCUUGCUUGGUAGCGGAUUCGUCGCAAAGCCCGCUGCUGAAUACGUCCUCCGUGAGCCCGGAAACCGUCUGACUGUUGCUUGCCGCACACUUGAGAGCGCACAAACGUUCGUCGGUGACCUUCCGAACUCCACUGCCAUCUCGCUCGACGUAUCAAAUGCUGCCGCUCUCGAAAAAGUCGUUGCCGAGCACGACCUUGUCAUUUCUCUCAUUCCUUAUACUCAUCAUGCCGAUGUCAUCAAGGCUGCUAUCAAGGGAAAGACUCACGUUGUUACGACUAGCUACGUUAACCCUCUGAUGCGCGAGCUUGACGAGGAGGCGAAGAAGGCGGGCAUCGUUGUUAUGAACGAGAUUGGUUUAGACCCUGGUAUUGAUCACUUGUAUGCUGUCAAGACCAUUGGCGACGUCCAUGCCAAGGGUGGAAAGGUCAAACACUUCCUUUCGUACUGCGGUGGUCUCCCCGCUCCUGAGUGCUCCAAUAACCCUCUCGGCUACAAGUUCUCCUGGUCUUCCCGUGGGGUUCUCCUCGCCCUUCUCAACUCGGCAUCCUAUCUCACCAACGGACAGUUGCUCAACAUCGACGGCAAGGACCUUAUGGGCUACGCCAAGCCAUACUUCAUUUCUCCUGCUUAUGCAUUCGUCGCCUACCCCAACAGGAACUCGGUGCCAUUCCGUGAGUGGUACAACAUUCCGGAGGCGGAGACUGUUGUGCGUGGUACGUUGAGGUACCAAGGCUUCCCUGAGUUCAUCAAGACGCUCGUGGAGCUUGGCUUCUUGAACCCGGAAGAGAAGUCAUGGUUGAAUGAAAACUUGACUUGGGCAGAAGUCACUCAGAAGGCCAUCGGUGCCGAGGACACCAAGGAGAGCACUCUGAUUGCUCGCGUCAAGUCGCUUGUUACAUUCCCUGACGAGUCCGAGGCCUCUCGUAUUAUCUAUGGCUUGAGGUGGAUCGGUCUCUUCUCUGAGGAGAAGAUCAAGCCCCGCGGUGGCAACCUCUUGGAUACCCUAUGUGCGCGCCUUGAAGCGCUCAUGCAGUACGAGGAGGGCGAGCGUGACCUUGUCAUUCUGCAACACAAGUUUAUCGUCGAAUGGCAAGACGGCAAGGAGGUGUGUAUUGAUUGUUAUGUGUAUGAGGCUCCCGCUGAUAAUUUCUCUAGGAUACCAUCACGUCUACGCUCGAGGCUUAUGGCAACCCUCUUGGAUUCUCUGCCAUGGCGACCACUGUUGGUGUUCCCUGCGGUAUUGCUGUCCAGCUCGUUCUCGAUGGUGUUAUCAAGACUCCUGGUGUUUUGGCACCAUACUCUCAGGAGCUCUGCGACCCCAUCCGUGAGGCUCUCGAGAGCGAGGGGAUCGGUAUGGUUGAGCGAGUGUUGUAAAAAAAAAUCUGGUAUUUUCUAGAUAAAAAUGUAUCUACACUGAUCUGUACGGUCCAACUCAUAGAUGUAUCGUUUCCAAAUUGAAGUACAAGAAUGGGCGCCUUUCCGCAUUUGUCGAUCAAAGCGCGUCUGUGAUUGGCUGGU